AUGGAACCUGCAACUUCUCGGUUCAAACGGGCCGCACGCACGCGGCCCAUCUGCUGCCAGGCCUCAGUCAAUUGGGCGAUGCGAGUGGUGCUGUGGUCGCGACAGCUCUCGAGGUGCGUGGUGAAUAUGCGCAAACGAAGAGGCCGCGCAGCUUCGGGGCUGUGGACGAGGCUGGAAGGAGGAGACAAUUUGGAUGCAGAGAUGGAGGGUGUUGGCGGAUAUAGCAGAGGAAUGCGGUCGAUGCAGAGAACAGGCCCUCCAGACCCGUACUGUGAGAUGCCGGGUUCAGACCGAGUGAUUGUCCCACUCGAUUUGGCUCCUGUCAAAGAGCUAUCCUUUAAGAAAGCUCCAUCCUCCUUCAACAGAACUUGA